AUGACCACCACAACCACCACUACAGCGCUCGUCCUCCACGGCGCCAAAGAUCUCCGCCUGGAAUCACGACCCAUCUCCCCUCCCACCGGCUCCGAAGUCCAGGUCGCCAUCCGCGCAACCGGUCUCUGCGGCUCUGACCUCCACUACUACAACCACGGCCGCAAUGGCGACUUCGUCGUGCGCGAGCCCAUGUGCCUCGGCCACGAAUCCUCCGGCACCGUCACAGCCCUCGGACCAGACGUGACAACCCUGCAGGUCGGCGACCGAGUCGCCCUCGAAGUCGGACUCCCCUGCCGCAAGUGCACCCUCUGCCGCACCGGCCGCUACAACAUCUGCCCGGACAUGAAGUUCCGCAGCAGCGCCAAGCUCUUCCCCCAUCUCGACGGCACCCUCAUGGAACUCACCAACCACCCCGCCGACCUCUGCCACAAGCUCCCCGCGAACGUCUCCUACGCCGGCGGCGCCCUCGUUGAGCCCCUCGCCGUCUGCCUGCACGCCAUUCGCCGCUCGCACCCGCCCACACCCGCCGAAGUGGAACUGGCCACCGCACAAGGCGACCAGACCGCCGCGCUGAUCUUCGGCGCAGGAGCUAUCGGCCUCCUCCUCGCGGCUGCGCUAGCCGCCUCGCAGCCCUUCACCUCCAUUGUCGUGGCGGACAUCGACCCCGCGCGCCUGGAGAUCGCAAACUCCCUCAACCUAGGCCUGAAGACCCAUCUCCUCCCCAAGGGCGGCGACAAGGCUAACCCGCCGCCUGCGCCGGACGCCCCUGCCGCAGAGCACACCGCCUACGCCAUGCAGAAUGCCCAGCGGACCGCAGCGGCGCUGAAAGAAGCAUACGGGCUUGCGUCGGGAUUUGCGCGUGUGUACGAGUGUACGGGAGUGCCGGCGUGCGUGCAGGCGGGGAUCUACGCUGCAAGCCCCGGCGCCGUCCUGGUGCAGAUCGGGAUGGGGAAUCCCAUCCAGACGCUGCCGGUGAGCGCGGCGGCGCUCCGGGAGGUGGAUAUCAUCGGCACGUUCCGGUAUGAUGGCCAUGCAUAUCCGGCAGCGAUUGAGUUGAUGGCUAGUGGGAAGCUUGAGUAUGUGGAGAAGCAGGUUGUUACCCAUCGGGUCAAACUUGAGGAUGGGAGUCGGGCGUUUGCUCUGGCGGGGAAGGGAGUGGAUGAGACGGGAAGGCCGGUGGUCAAGGUUGUCAUUGAAAGCUAG